AUGGCGAUAGCAUCUAUUCUCUCUGAGCUCGUCUCCGGGGCAGUGGCUCGUCCGCUGGAGGCGUUGGCUGCCUUGGUGCUGUUGGUUCCCGGGGUGUACGUCCUUGUCAAUGAGUUCAUUCGGGCUGCUGCCCGUGUGCCGGGCUUCGACGGACCAAAAGGCCUGCCCUUGAUUGGGAAUCUAGCGCAGAUUCGCGUCAAUGCUGCUGAGCAGUAUCGCAAGUGGUCGAAGAAAUACGGCCCGGUGUAUCAGAUCCAGCUGGGGAACAUUCCCGUUAUUAUCGUGAACUCAGCGGCUGCAGCUAAAGUCUUAUUUGGUCAGAAUGCACAGGCUUUAAGUUCACGUCCGGAGUUCUAUACUUUCCACAAGGUUGUUUCCAACACUGCUGGAACAACCAUUGGGACUUCUCCGUUUAGCGAAUCGCUGAAACGACGCAGAAAGGGUGCCGCUUCUGCUUUGAAUCGGCCGUCUGUGCACACCUACAUUAGCCACUUGGACCUCGAAUCCAAGGACUUCGUUGCUGAACUUAUGAAGUACGGUAAAGCUGGACGGGUGGCUGUAGAUCCAAUGCCUAUGGUUCAGCGACUCAGUCUAAGCUUAGCUCUCACUUUGAACUGGGGUGUUCGAAUGGCUUCUCAGGAAGAAGACCUUUUUGCCGAAAUCACCCAUGUCGAGGAUGAGAUCAGCCGGUUUAGAAGCACAACUGGCAAUUUGCAAGAUUAUAUCCCUCUCUUGCGUUUGAAUCCCUUCAGUGGCGGGUCCAGAAAGGCAGCUGAGAUGCGUGACCGUCGAGAUAAGUAUUUAGGCUACUUAAAUCGGGGCUUGGAUGAGAGAAUGGCGAAGAAUGAACACAAGCCGUGCAUUCAAGCCAAUAUUAUGCUGGACGAAGAGGCGAGACUGAAUCCUGCUGAAUUAACCUCCAUUAGUCUAACCAUGCUCUCUGGCGGGCUGGACACUGUGACCACACUUGUAGCCUGGAGUAUCGCUUUGCUUGCUGGGAGACCAGACAUUCAAGACAGAGCUUCUGAGGCCAUUGAGAAAUAUCACUCCGUGAACAAGCCUCUCUGUGAUGCUUCAGAUGACCAGAGCUGCGAGUAUAUUGCCGCUCUCGUAAGAGAAUUUCUAAGAUACUACACCGUACUCCGCCUCGCUUUGCCCCGUACAUCCAUCAAGGAUGUCAUUUACCAAGGGAAAACCAUCCCCAAGGGCAGCGUAUUCUUCCUCAACGCAUGGGCCUGCAACAUGGAUCCCGACGUGUGGGCCGACCCUGAAACAUUCCGUCCCGAGCGCUGGCUGGAACAGCCGGACGCACCCAUGUUCACGUACGGCGUUGGCUACCGAAUGUGCGCUGGCUCUCUUCUAGCCAACCGAGAGCUGUAUCUCGUCUUCUUGCGUAUGCUAAAUUGCUUCCGGAUCGAGCCCGACGGCAAGAUCGACUGGGACCCGGUCAGUGGCAACUCCGAUCCCACUAGCCUCGUUGCCAUUCCGAAGAAAUACAAGGUCAGAUUUGUGCCCAAGAAGGAGAAGAUCUUAACUGAAGCUCUGGAAAAUUUUGUUCCGUUCGCAGGAAUGGAGUGA